UACUUAUUUAACAGGUACUUCACAAUCUAGACGCGCUUUACAGGUUACGCCUCACAGAAAAAGAAAAAAGGAGAGAAAAAAACAUCCAGAAUUUAACAACCUCAACUUUUCUCAACGUACUUAGGUACUUAGGCAUUUCAUCAUCGUCAACAUAUGUCCUCGUGUGCGUCACUACAUUGUAAUGAGUGGCGCCAUCGAGGAUUCCCUUCCCAGCGCUGGCCAGGGUGAAAUCAGUACUCCUAGUAGCCUAUCCGGCCAAAAGCGGCCACGCGAUUACGGGGAGCAGUUGAAGGGUUUAUCUCAAUCUGACGAUGAGGGCGCGUAUAUUGAAAAAUCAACACCUGCCUCAAAAAAGCAAAAAACAGAUAAUUUCAACAACAGCGACGACUCAGAUCUGGAUGAUGGCGAGAUAGUAGAGUCGAGUCCUUCUCAACCUUCUCGCGCUAUUGCCUCUCAAGAUAUGGAAUUGAACACAGCUUCUAAUACUACUUCUAAAACUCAUGACAUAGGCAUCAAUACCUUCGAGCCUUCCGAGGACGGCGAAAUUGAUAGCAGUAUGGCCGACGACUUAGAUAAACCCUUUUUCAUCGACACAACUGGCGCCGCCGGAACCACUCCUUCACAACAUGCAGGCUGGAAUCAGGGAGUUAGUGUAGGCGCAAGGACCUCAUUUGGAAAACCGGCCACGCAACUCUUUCCCGUAAAUGCAUCCACGUCUCGGGCAACCCUCUCUUCCGAAUCUUCAAGGCAUAUUCAUGAAGCGAAAGAUGAAGAAGAUGAUGACGAGGAUGAAGACUAUGAUGAUCCUAAAGACCGUGACUAUCAAGCUCCGCCGUCUCCUACCACCAAUCUGUCCAAGGACGCUGUUAAACCGGAGUCGAAGCCUCAACUUGUGUUUAGUGUUGAGGGCGCCACAUGGAUUCUCCCUCAUCAAGCAUUUAAAGUCAGGAAGCGAAAUGUUUCCGACAAUAAAGCCUUCUGGGACGCAAGACUCUAUCCAUGGAUUCUUGCUCUCGCUGAGGCAAAUGAGGGUAUGGCUGAUCGCAUAUCCGUGGAGAUCGUCAAGACAGGAAUGAUAGACCACGCGAAACGCAAAGGAGCGGAUGGCCUUUUAACAGGCAGCAACAAGCAUGUCACCAAAAUUCGAGCUGUAGCUCAAGAGGUCUUAGAAAACACUGACUUGAACGCUCUAAUUUUGAAGGCACGAAAUAGUAUUCAGAGGAAGAAAACCCAGGCAUCAGAAGGUAAGACGCCAGGAAAGAAAUCCAUCGCAGCAGAUGGAUCUAUCCAGAAGGAAACCGUCGCACCAAUCUCCAAUGGAACGAGCUCUGACGAAGAAUUGCGGCUACAACGAAGAUAUUUUCCAUUCGCAAAAGACCCUUCCAUUUUCUGUCUAUGUUGUAAUGGGGUCGGACAUAAGACUAGUACAUGCCCGCUGUUACAAUGCAAAUUCUGUGGAAGCAAGGAGCACGGCAUGUUUGCCUGUCCAACAAGACGAAGGUGUUCGAAGUGUCGCCAAUUGGGACACAACACCAAGACCUGCAAUGAAAAGCUUGCGCUCGCGCCGGAAGAACAAGAUGAGUGUGCGUUCUGUGGCGGAAAGCACUUGGAUAAGGAGUGUACCGAAAUUUGGAGAACCUACAAGGUCAUUCCGGGACAACAAAAGAAAGUCAAGGACAUACCAGCCUUCUGCUACACCUGCGGUGGCAGUGGUCAUUACGGCUCCGAAUGCGGCUUGCCUGACAAGGGAGGCAAUGCUACGGAGCGUACAUCUUGGUCCCAGGCAAAUCGCAAUCUCUAUGUAGAUCCGAACAGCGAGAAUAUUGCUUUAGCCUGGGUCGGAAUAGAGUCUAACCCCUCAUCCGAGACAGAUAUUCGCAUUCGUGGGACGGCAAAGAAACAAGUCCAUACUCAUUUCGUCUCUGAUGAUUCGGAUGAGGAUCUUGUCCACGCACCUAUCCAAAGACCGGAGCCUCGAGGGCAGAUUAGGAUUUCGAGCAACAUUGGUUCGGUCGGACAAGGCAAUAAUCGUGGACGUGGAGGCCGUCGAAACUACGAUCAGAGCCGCCGCCGUCAGAACGAGAGAGAGUUCAGCCCUCCACCUCCGCCUCCACUUCAAGGCAACGGGGCCGCAUGGCAACCUCCCCUUCCUCCCGGUCCCCCUCCUCGUAACAGUAAUAGGUACGAAAGACCAUUAGCUCCCCCGCCCGGAUCUCUGCCUCCCCGCCCCCAGACCUACGAUUCUAGACCUAGCAGAGGUGGCUCCAGUAAUCGGGGUGGUCAAAAUAACCAGGGUUCACGUGGAGGAUUCCGAGGAGGUGGUCGAGGAGGAGGUGGUCGAGGUGGCGGUCGGGGAGGAAGAGGCAGGGGAAGAGGGAAAUGAGUUUACUCUUCAAUCUGACCUACUAAGAUGAUAUCUACAUCGCAAUGCGCCUGAAAAAUGAGAUGCAGCCAUACAUCGAUGGGAAUAUCUUGCCACACUGGCUUCCUUGCCUCUCCGGAGUUUUCUACUCGCGAUACGGCUGUUGCAACAUAGGUUCGGCCCAAAGGAGUCAUCAAUUUCAUCUUUUAAAGCAGCUUUAUGCUUAUGGAAAGAAGAUACAUAUCCGCCGUUGCCUCAUGGAAAAUGGGAAGAUGUCUUAUGGAACGGGUGAUCCUCCCCGAAUACUGGAAUCCCGUGUGGUUCACGACCAAACCUAAUGAAUGGGAUCGCCCCCAGUAACUUGGGUCUAUUAACCUCCCUCUUUACUCAUCUUUCCUGGCCGCAAUACUAUAGCCAAUGCUCACCCCCGAGGAAACCAUAGGGGUUUCCCAACGUUGCCCUUGUGAUUAUCGCUGUAAAUACAGGAACUCAUAACACGGUUUCACGAUCGGCAUUCUGAGAUACGAAUUAGUUAUGCCCUAAUGCGAAUUGCAUUCCUAUACAUAUUUUCAUUGCUUCUGAUUUUCGCGAUAUUUGCCGUAGGAAAG